AUGUUUCGGACACUGCCACCGAGCGAGCUAGCUAUGAGGCUGCCUUCAGGUUGUGAAGUUCAACCCUAUGCUUGGGCUGGGCUCAAUAUCUGUGACCCCUUGGAACAGCUGAUAAACGGCCCGAGGUCAUUCGCCAAGCGCUCCAAGAAUAGCAAGCUGGGAAGGCUCGGAAUCCAACUUUGUGAAGACUUCUGGAGGCACGUGGAUAUCUCAAAAGGCGAUUCUGAGACUAUUCCCAUAGUCUGCGGGGAGUGUAGGGAUUCCUCAGCUGCUCGAUUAGACGAGGAGCCCCUGUUUGAAGUCUCAUCAGGCGUUUACCUGGCCAUGUCGAAGCAUUGCGAUAAUUGCAGCCGAAGGCGUAUCCAUGUGCCAAGGGACCAGUCCCGCGACUGGAAGACGUUCGAUUCCGCAAAAAGGGCGUAUCUCAGAUCAAGAAGUCAGCUUCCAGCCGAUGUGGUUGAUUUUACAACAAUGACCUCUUACGAACUUGUGCAGUGA